CGUAAACUUAGCUUGCGCAGUGAGGAUUUCCAUGAUGAAAAAUCAAGAACUAUUGCAUAUCUACUAUUAGGAAGUGCCUACUGCCUUUAGUAGGUGUAAGGUACUAACUUCUUUCCCUGUGUCCCCAAGAAGAGAGUGGAGCGAGGCAGGGUAUCAUUGAUGUUAUCAACUAUAAUAGAUGACAGAGGUGUUACUGAGGACAGUCCACAUGAUGGUAUUAAGUAGGACAUCAGUAGCUAUUUGGACAGUUCUGCCCUUCUUUUUGCCUAUUGCUCCUCCAUUUUCAUACAUAGUCCUCUGCCUUCAUAGUUUUGUGUUGCUCAAAUAGGAUGCUUGCUAGAUUUGUAUAUGUUCUGACUCUACUGCUGCUAUCUUCAGGCUCCCGCCGUCUCAGUGAUGACCUUCCUCCUUUGGGACAGCUUACCCCUGCAUAUCUGGACCACCCCCUCCUACCUGUAAAAACAUGGCUCUUCAGGAAGGCAUUUGGAGAUGAAUAGCACUCCCUAAGUCAUAUUCUCCAAGACUUCCUAAGAAACAGAGAAAGUACUGGAAGGAACAGAUGACAGAGUGGAUAUACAGUUACCUGGUGCCCCAAUAUGCCUUUUCUGGACUGGUUCCUCUACCACUCAGUUGCCAUGUGGCUGCUCCUCCAGAGUUUUGUUCUGAUGGCCUUUUGUUUCCACUCAGCCACCACUUUUCCCAAGGGGUGUUACCCCUCCACAGAAGAUGGCUUCAAAACGUUCCGCUGCAGCAAAGCUCAACUUACAGUUAUCCCAAAAGAUAUACCCAAUGAUACCAACAAGUUAUACUUGGAUUAUAACCAGAUUUCUUUCCUGCCCAAUGACGCCUUCCAACAUUUGCCACUUCUAGUAGAACUAGACUUGUCCCACAAUGUCAUAAGUCGCAUGGAAGUCGGAGUCUUUAGGGGCUUGUCAGAGAACCUGCAUUCACUGGACUUGUCUUCUAACAAGCUAGUGUCAAUCAAUAAAGAUGUCUUCAGUGCACUAAAAGCCAAAGCCAACUUAUCCAACAAUCCUUGGCUCUGUGACUGCACACUCCAGCAGCUCGUUGAGAGAGUAGAGCUGGUUGCUGGUACCUCUGAUGGGAUUGUGUGUGAUGCCUCUGCACGGAAAGAGCACAUUGGCAAGCCUUUUCUGCAGUUGAUUGGAGACAUAGAUUUCUGCAACAUCUAUAAAAAAACCACAGACAUCGCCAUGUUGGUCACCAUGUUCGGCUGGUUCGCCAUGGUGAUCUCAUAUUUAAUCUACUAUGUCCGGCAGAAUCAAGAGGAUGCCCGACGACACUUAGAGUAUCUCAAGUCCUUGCCCAGCAAGCAGAAGAAGUCAGAAGAGUCAUCUACAAUUAGCACUGUAGUGUGACCAAAAUUAAUCCUUUCACCCUCACAAAUCCCCAGGAAACUAUUGUCCAUUGGAGUAGAUAGGUUUUACAUCUACUUCAGGUGGAUCGUGUCUGCUAGAUGCUUGAAUGCACAAUGGCUGAAGAGACUGUUAUUAAACAAAGAAUGAAAUUUUUAAAAGACUUAAGGAGGUAAGGCCUUGCUUAUAUAAAAGGCCUCUCUUACUUUCAUUCCUGAGCAAUGAAAAAACACAAGUAAUCAUAAAUCAUAGCCAUGGUUGAAUUCACUGGCACAAUUCAAUGUAUGGAAUAGUGCCAUGUUAUGUAUCAGUUAUUUCUCAGCCCUGCAAUGGAGGCACCGUUGCACCUAGACUUUGCAAAACCUCACAGCUCUCAACUUGUACUAUUCUAUGAAGUUCCCAUCCUAUAAUGUUCUAGAGAUGCCAAGAAUUGGGAGUGAGAUGAUUUUGUUGUUUUCUCUUGUUGUCACAAGGAUUUUGCUGCAGCCCUAACUUACCGGAGUCAAGAGCAAACUUCCCCAACCUGGUUCCCACUAAUUGUGUUGGGCGUUUAGGAGUUGCCCUUACAUAGUGGUGGUAUUCUAGGUUUUGGGAGGGA